CUCCGCCAUCUUAUGUCGCCUUUCCAUUGUUCAUAACUGGAGUCAGCCGAGGCGGCAUUUCACAUUUACUCUCAUUAUAACAGGUUUGGCGGAGAACAGAGAGGGUAACAACACUGGAAAGAGCGAGACACAGGCGGAACUCGAGAUCAUCUCAAAUAUACACAAGAGGAGUUUCUCUCAGGGUUCGUUGUCUUAAUUCGAUCGGGAAAAUAUGAUGGACGACGAGCAGCCCAAGACCCUGUAUGUUGGAAACCUGUCACGGGAUGUGACCGAAGCCCUUAUUAUGCAGCUCUUUGGUCAGAUUGGCCCCUGUAAGAGCUGUAAAAUGAUUGUGGAUCAUCUCGAUACUAGUAGAGGUGUGAAUCCUCACUUGCCUCAUGAUUCGGUUAUGAUUCCAAGGACGGCAGGUAACGAUCCAUACUGCUUUGUGGAGUUCUUCGAGCAUAGGCACGCAGCGGCCUCACUCGCAGCCAUGAAUGGGCGUAAAAUAAUGGGUAAGGAGGUAAAGGUGAACUGGGCUACAUCACCAAGCAGCCAGAAAAAAGACACAAGCAAUCACUUCCACGUCUUUGUUGGAGACCUCAGUCCAGAAAUCACCACUGAUGAUAUCAGAGCUGCCUUUGCACCCUUUGGGAGGAUAUCAGAUGCACGUGUAGUGAAAGACAUGGCGACGGGGAAGUCAAAAGGCUAUGGUUUUGUUUCAUUCUUCAACAAAUGGGACGCAGAGAAUGCCAUUCAGCAGAUGGGAGGACAGUGGUUGGGCGGCAGGCAAAUCAGGACUAACUGGGCUACAAGAAAACCCCCAGCGCCUAAAGCCACCUAUGAAACAAACACCAAGCACUUGUCGUUCGAUGAGGUAGUGAACCAGUCCAGCCCCAGCAACUGCACAGUUUAUUGUGGUGGAGUCACUACAGGCCUUACAGAACAACUCAUGAGACAGACCUUUUCCCCCUUUGGCCAAAUAAUGGAAAUUAGAGUGUUCCCAGACAAAGGCUACUCGUUCGUGAGGUUCAACUCUCAUGAAAGUGCAGCUCAUGCGAUAGUGUCUGUUAAUGGUACGUCCCUAGAAGGUCAUCUAGUGAAAUGUUACUGGGGUAAAGAGACUACAGACAUGGUGACCCCCAUGCAGCAGGUGCAGGUACCCCAGCAGAACAAAGUUGGUUUCGCCGCACAGCCAUACGGCCAGUGGGGACAGUGGUACGGAAACGCACAACAAAUUAGUCAGUAUGUCCCUAACGGCUGGCAGGUACCUACUUACGGCGUGUACGGACAGGCUUGGAAUCAACAAGGCUUCAAUCACUUACAGGCUGGCGCUGGGUGGACUGGUGUGAGUGCCGUGAGUAACGGAGGCGUGGUGGAGUCUGCGCAGGGAGUCAAUGGAACCGUGCUAGCCAACCAGUCCAGCAUGGGCACUGCAGGAUACCACACACACUGAUGGGGCGAUGAACAUCUCUAGCACUCUACUGCGGCCGCAGCAGGGAUCUACACACCACCCCCUCCCCAUUCUCAAACACCUGUCAAGAUGGCUGGCCUGGGGAGGGGGUGUGCCAUUCCCCUCCGAUCCUCCCCAUCCUCCACUUGUAAUUUUCCUUGAGUUUGAGACUUUGAGGCAGAUCUUGCUCAUCAUUGCGGGGUCUCGAGUUGCCCUACACUGGGAUUAAACCACGCACCCUGAUACACAAGCAUAUUCAGACGCAUUAACACACACCCACAUAAAUCCACAAGUCUUCGGCCUGGUGUCCGACUGACUUAUUCGGAGAGGACUAUGCCAUUUUUAAGUCAAAGUACUAUAAACGAAUAAAAUCAACUUCAACUUUUCCAUUUUGCUUUUUUGGGGGGGGGGGUUUGUUUAGAGCGAUUUCAGCUGCUGAUUUUGUAAUAUAUGAAGCUUUGCCUUUUUGUUUUUUUGGACUUGCCAUUUUAAAAGCAAAAUUGUUUUGUUGAAAGGAGCGACGACACCAACGAAUCGUGUGAAAUGUCAACCUUUUUUGUUUUUGUUUAUAAAAUGAAUAAAAUGGAUGUCAACUGUUGUAUUUUUUUAAUUAGACAUUCAAUUUCUCAAACUAAACCAAUUGCAGGGAUGACUGCCACAUUUUUUUCCUUGAAGGCAGAUGAAUAUUGCACAAUAUUAAUACGUUUUCACAAGAAUUUGAUGUUACGCAAAUUUUAGGUAUUUUAAAAUUGUUUUGCAUUCCACUUUUUUUGAGGGCUUACAAGUACAGUAUACCGUUCUGUAUGUAAAUAACCAAACUGUGUUUAACUGUUGGGACGCUAUAUAAAGAUAAUUCAGAUGUUGAUUAUGGAUGCUUGCUUGCUUGCUUUUUUUUGUAGGUAGGAGGGAGGGAGGGAGGGAGGAUAGGUGGGUGGGGAAUGGGCUUGGGCUUCAUUGCAACUAUUCGGCAUUAGCGGCACUGUUAAAUGCUGGUCCAAAUGGUUUAGGGAUUCUUCCAGAGAAGUCUCUGACUCGCGCUGCAACGGGCGUUUUGUUAGAAUUGCGAUUAAUCCUGUAUAUAAAAUCGAAACAUUGAAUUUUUUUUUUUAAAUGAAGUAUUUAGUAUCAAGACGAGAAACCUGAAUGGAUCAGAAUUUUGCACUGUUGCCCAUUGGCGUUUUAAUACACGAGACCAAUUGUGUUGCCUUAUUUGAGUUGAUUUCAUUUGAAGAAACUGAUGAUCUUUAAACAUAGGCAGUGCCUACGAAUAAAUCGAGAAUUUUUUUUAAGAAUAAUGUUCAUCUUACAAUUAUGUAUUCUUGCUUUGUCCCAUUAAAAUGCAGAUGCAAACAAAUA